UCACUGUGGUCCUUUUGCCCGCACUCAGUCGGCUUUCUGGGCGUGCUCGUAUGGAAAGGGGCGUGUGAAUCCUUAUAAGAGUAUCAUUGCUUUCCGUGCCAUUCAUUUCAUGCGUAGCAGUUUAUAACUUGCACCAGAAUAUCGAUGUGAUAAGAGCACUGACAGUCGGUCACCCCUCCCACAAAAGCCGGCUGAGGCAACUGAUCAAAGUUAAACUGAAAUCACCCACCGCCACUCACACAAGAUUCAGAGGCGCUGACUGGAGCUGUUUUGACGCACAGACAGAAGUGUCCUGCCAGACUUGGACCUGACAGCUUAUCCGCAUUAAAUCUGCAAACUACGUGCAGCUGAACAUGGAGCACCCUAAUUUCUCCGGCACUUGGGAAAUGAAAAGCUCAGAAAACUUCGAGGAACUCUUGAAAGCAUUGGGCGUGAACGUCAUGCUGCGAAAGAUUGCGGUCAAGGCGGCCUCGAAGCCACUGGUGGAGAUUGAGCAGGAUGGAGAGAAGCUGUCCAUCAAAACCAUUACCACAGUGCGCACCACUCACAUCACUUUCACUGUGGGGGAGGAGUUCAAUGAGACCACAGUUGAUGGACGCGCUUGCACGAGUUUUCCACGUUGGGAAACAAAUAGCAAGAUCAGCUGUGAGCAGACUCUGCAAAAAGAAGGGCCCAAAACAUCCUGGACCCGAGAGAUCACCAGUGAUGGCCAAAUGAUCCUGACCAUGAGAGCAGAUGAUGUUAUAUGCACCAGACUCUACGAGCGACAAUGAUCAAGAGCACUUCUCACUUUCAUGCAGCUCUCCCCUCCACUCCCUGCAUCACCAUAACUCCCCUUUCUGAGUGAUGGGAGAUAGCAACCCAUAGUUUUAUUCCAGUUAGCUUCACCAUGUAACAAGGGUGGUAAUUGUAUCUCGCAUGUCGUAUAAACACUUUAGAGCUCCUGUUUUUUCUUUCUGUUCUAUCAACCUGAAUUCAAAGCAUAGAAACCUGUGUUGCGCUGUUUUCUUGAUCUGCUGGCCGACAGCUCAUGUAUGUGGCGUUUUUUGUGCAUCAGUGUGUGUGAGAGUUGUAUGCCAGAAGAUGAGGUGUGAGACUAUAUUUGUAGAUGUGUAACCCAUAUGAGCUCUUCCAAUAUCAGGUCAGUUUUGAGGUGUCUGUCUCUGUUUCUGUAGCUCUACUCAUCACCAACUUUUUCUAUUUCAACAUUUUGUAUUGAUUGCUACCCUAGAUUUGUUUUGGUUUUUUACACGGUGUCUCUUUUACAUCAAACAUGAUCAUAGGAAAACAACACUUUCUUCGGGGAAAACAAUAAACCACAUUAUUAACUCAGCUUGAC